GGCGACGGUGGACGCGCGGGAGGAAGGUGGCCAGUACUUACCUGCUAAGGACGUGGCGACGAGACUCGAAGCCGAGAAGAGACUAUGUCGGACCUGGGCUCCGAGGAGUUGGAGGAGGAGGGAGAGAACAAUCUUGGGGAGUAUGAAGGGGAGCGCAAUGAAGCCGGGGAGCGGCAUGGGCACGGCAGGGCACGGCUGCCCAACGGAGACGUGUAUGAAGGCAGCUAUGAGUUCGGGCAAAGAAGCGGCCAGGGGGUCUACAAAUUUAAAAAUGGUGCCCGAUACACUGGACAAUAUCUUAAAAAUAAAAAGCAUGGUCAAGGCACUUUUAUAUAUCCAGAUGGAUCGAGAUAUGAAGGGGAGUGGGCAGAAGACCAGCGGCAUGGCCAUGGUGUCUACUACUACAUCAACAAUGACACCUACACCGGGGAGUGGUUCGCUCACCAAAGGCAUGGGCAAGGCACCUACUUCUAUGCAGAGACCGGCAGUAAGUACGUUGGCACCUGGGUGCAUGGCCAGCAGAUGGGCGCGGCUGAGCUCAUCCAUUUGAACCACAGGUACCAGGGCAAGUUCCUGAACAAAAACCCUGUUGGAACUGGAAAGUACAUAUUUGACGUUGGAUGUGAACAGCACGGCGAGUACCGUCUGACGGAUGUGGAAAGAGGAGAAGAGGAGGAAGAGGAGGAAGCCUUGGUAAAUGUCAUCCCGAAAUGGAAAGCUAUCCAGAUCACAGAUCUGGCUCUGUGGACCCCGAAACUCCCGGAGCAGCGGCCUCCCUCAGAGGGACCUGGCCCAGAAGACACGCUUGGAACGGAGGGUGCCACAGAGAUAGAAGAGGAAUCCCAGGCUCUGUCUGAAGGAGGCUUUGAGGGUGAGCUGGACCUGCGGCCAGGAGAGGAAGACGCGGAUGCCUGGGAGUACAAUUAUGAAGUAGAUCAGGCAAACUCAGGCGCCGAGGAAGAGGAAGGGAGACAGGGAGAGCUGCAGGACUAGGUUAGCCGGAGAGCAUGGAUCGCACCCGAGCUGGCCCAGCACCUUCAGAUCCUUCUCCUUUCUUUGUUAGGUCAGUUUAUGAUUGCAAAUAAACCCCUCCAGAGUCCCUCGUUUCCAAAAUAUCUGCUGCUAUGUGUCCUGUUUUAUUUAAACAUAUUUUCUAUCUCUAGAGAUGUAUAUUAGAGCACUUUAGUGACACGGAAGGACUACCUCGCUGUGGGGAGG